AUGACAACUAGUAUGCGCGCAACACUUUACACUGGAGACCCAGCAGAAACAGAAAAGCCAGCAAAUAUUCCUGGCAUUUGGGCGGAAUACUCCCCGCGCACCAACCUGGUUUGGCUACUCUUCCUGCUCCAAAGCCUCUUCAAGAACCGAAAACCUGAGCCACCAUCUGCCCUUCCCCAGCGUAAGGCUCUCGCACCUUGUUCGCCAAACAAGAAAACGAUCAAAGCUGAAACAGCCAACGGGAAAGAUCAGAAGGUGACCAACUCUUUGGCUAAGGGGCAACAAACUCAGGCCUGCAUCUCUCGUCUCAAGUCAACAUUAGAGGAUCGGCUGAAGACUGUCCUUAAACUUCUUGAUCUAGAACAUGGUCACGAAGACAUGUGCUGUGCUGCUGAUUUGGUGGCAUAUGCCAUGGACUCGCAAUGGCUGGGCGAAGAGGACUUUUUCUGA